UAUUUCAGGCUUCCUACAAAAAAACAUGCACUUUGUAAUGACGUAUUAUCAUCUCUUGAACCAAGUCAAAGUUCAAGAACUGAUCACUGUUCAUCUGCAAAAUCCUCUAACAGCUCACUGACAUCCUGGCCACAGAAUCAUGGUGUACACAGCUCUACCCAAAACAGUACUGCAAAAGUGGACACUCAAAAUGUCGGCUCUCAGACGUUUGAAUCAUGUCUUGUCCCUUGUGAUGCCUGUUAUCAAACCCAGUCUGUUUUGAGAAAGACUGGAGGAGCACUGAUAGAGCUGUUUCAAAGCGAGGGAUUGCCUUCUUCACUGCAGCCACUGUCAGUUGCUGUGCUGGACACUGUGGAGCUAGGUCGAAUGACUGCCACUGAUGUUGUCCAAUGGGGAUCUGAGGAGUACAGAGACAUGCGGCGUCUGACCAAACACUUAAAAGAUGUGCGUGGGACAGUGGAGCCACUAAAAUAUAAAAUAGUGACUGCUGAAAGGGAGAAGGAUAGAUUAAAGUCUGAUGUGAAAAGACUAGAAAAGGAACUAAAGGAAAAGGUUGAGAACUACCAGGCCACCAAUGUCCAACUUGAGUUUUUAUUGAAAAAAACAGAAAGAUCUGCAAAAGAAACACAACAGAGCCAUCAAGAAGAGCAACAAAAAAGUCAAAGAGAGAUCUCGUCCUUGGAAGGAAAAAACACAAGUUUGAUGGAGAAAAUCUGCGUGCAGCAGGACAGAAUAAAAAUCCUUGAAACUGAAAAUCUUUUAUUCCAGGAGAAGAUUAGGCAGUUGCAAGAAGAAAAAGAAAGCUCCAGCCAUCAACUGCAGAAUGAGAUUCAGAAGCUAGAGGUCAAUAUCUCUGAACUCCAGCUCUGUUUGCACAAAGAGAAAGCCAAAUACAACAGUGCAUGUCGUCAGCAACAGUCAAUGCAGGCCAAACAAAAAUGUCUUGUGGAACGUGUAGAUGCAUUGGAUGAAGAGUGUCAAGAGUUGCAGAGACAGCUGGCAGAAAGUGAAGAGAAACUGAUUGAGCUUCAUGGUCAAAUACGACAAAUGUCAGAGGAAAAGGAGCAGCUACAGGCCACGCUCAACCAACUCCAGGAAUCUCAUGUAAAACUUGAAAAAGACAAAGAGACACUCCUCACAGAGAUAUGUGAUCUGGAAAACACUGUGGCUGAACUGAAAGAACACAUAAAGGCCGGUACAGAGAGGGAGCAACUUUUGGUGGCUUUUCCGGAUUUGAACCCACAGGCCCCACCACAAAGUACAGGCAAUGUGACUUUGGAUAUGGAGCAACAGUUCAAAGCAAACUGCGUCCGUAUUCAAGUUUUGGAGCAGGAAAAUAGAACUCUGCAUAGUAGCCUUUUGAAGCUAAAGGAGAGAGCUCAACUCAAUAAGGAGGAGCCUCAAAAAAUAUGGAAUGACAGACCAAGAACUGAAGACUAUCUAAAUAAUGAGGCACAAGGGAAUCUACUGCCUAGUACCAGUGCUGAGCGGCUUCAGCGAUACAGUAACAGCAGGAAGGAAGCUGGAGGGGAAAGUAGCCUGAAAUCAGUUACAUCGGAGGAUCAAAUAUCUGCCUCCUCUCUCUCCUCUGUACAAAUCCACUUUCAGACUUUACAAGUGCACUCCUCUUCUGUUCAAACUAGAAAGACCAGCCCUACAGCACUGUUUCACUCCAGGAUAUUUAAACACAGAAGGAAGUGACAGUGUUUAAACUUUGCAGAGUGUGUAGGGAAUUUGGAGUAUUUGUGUGGAAAAAAGAUGGUAACUGACUGGUGUUUCAAUGUACUUUUUGUAUAGAGUGUGGCUAUGAACAAUAUUUAAAUUAUUAGUCCAUACCACAGUAAAAUGUGUGUUUUGAGAUUAUUUUAAUGAGGAACUAGAAAAUGUCUGCAUCUAUGUGCUUUUUGUUAUUUUACACAACUGAAUUUUCCUGCAUACUGGCAAAAAAAGAUUUUGAGUAAAAAAAACACAUUUAUGACUGUGUUUUCUGUGGUUUUUGAAAGGCUAUUUAACAAGGGUUGCCCGAUUUUGGCUACGAUUUGCUUCUUUCUGAGUCUAGGAGCCUUUGCGAU